GGCGGGGCGGGGCGCGGAGCGCGCAUGCGCCACAGUGCCAGCGCUCUCCCCGGAUAGAGCGGGGCCCGAGCCUGUCCGCUGUGGUAGUUCCGCUCGCGCUGCCCCGCCGCCAUGUCGGCAACCAUCGAGCGGGAGUUCGAGGAACUGGAUGCUCAGUGUCGCUGGCAGCCGUUAUACUUGGAAAUUCGAAAUGAAUCCCAUGACUAUCCUCAUAGAGUGGCCAAGUUUCCAGAAAACAGAAACCGAAACAGAUACAGAGAUGUAAGCCCAUAUGAUCACAGUCGUGUUAAACUGCAAAGUACUGAAAAUGAUUAUAUUAAUGCCAGCUUAGUUGACAUAGAAGAGGCACAAAGAAGUUACAUCUUAACACAGGGCCCACUUCCGAACACAUGCUGCCAUUUCUGGCUCAUGGUGUGGCAGCAAAAGACCAAAGCAGUUGUCAUGCUAAACCGAACUGUAGAAAAAGAAUCGGUUAAAUGUGCACAGUACUGGCCAACGGAUGACAGAGAAAUGGUGUUUAAGGAAACGGGAUUCAGUGUGAAGCUCUUAUCUGAAGAUGUAAAAUCAUAUUAUACAGUACAUCUACUACAGUUAGAAAAUAUCAAUACUGGUGAAACCAGAACCAUAUCUCACUUCCAUUAUACCACCUGGCCAGAUUUUGGGGUUCCAGAGUCACCAGCUUCAUUUCUAAACUUCUUGUUUAAAGUUAGAGAAUCUGGUUGUUUGACCCCUGACCAUGGACCUGCAGUGAUCCAUUGCAGUGCGGGCAUCGGGCGCUCUGGCACCUUCUCUCUUGUAGAUACCUGUCUUGUUCUGAUGGAAAAAGGAGAGGAUGUUAAUGUGAAACAAUUAUUACUGAAUAUGAGAAAGUAUCGAAUGGGACUUAUUCAGACACCGGACCAACUCAGAUUCUCCUACAUGGCCAUAAUAGAAGGAGCAAAGUACACAAAAGGAGAUUCAAAUAUACAGAAACGGUGGAAAGAACUUUCUAAAGAAGAUUUAUCUCCUAUUUGUGAUCAUUCACAGAACAGAGUGAUGGUUGAGAAGUACAAUGGGAAGAGAAUAGGUUCAGAAGAUGAAAAGUUAACAGGGCUUCCUUCUAAGGUGCAGGAUACUGUGGAGGAGAGCAGUGAGAGCAUUCUACGGAAACGUAUUCGAGAGGAUAGAAAGGCUACGACGGCUCAGAAGGUGCAGCAGAUGAAACAGAGGCUAAAUGAAACUGAACGAAAAAGAAAAAGGUGGUUAUAUUGGCAACCUAUUCUCACUAAGAUGGGGUUUGUGUCAGUCAUUUUGGUUGGCGCUUUGGUUGGCUGGACACUGCUUUUUCACUAAAUGUUCUAUAAAUUAAUAGUUUUACCCAGCACCUUUCUGCACUAGUAGCUGACCGUGGUGCAUUAAUCUCAAGGGUUUGUUAGCAAUGCCUCAUACCCAGAAACACUGCGCUAGAGUAGACAUCAGCCAGAUAAGGGAUAUUACAGUCACAAGCCCAGCAUCUCAGGACUCAUCACUGCAGGUUCCUCUGAGACCCAGACUGUCAAUGGCUCACAAUAAAGACAAGCAUGCUUGUUGGAUACUGUUACUUCUUACAGCUGCGUUCACACCAGUGUAUUGAGAAAUCCUUUAUCCCAAGGAUUGGCUUUUGGAGGCCUUCUGGAUUUUAACCUGCACUUGAUAUAAGCAAUAAACAUUGUGGUUUUUUUCUACAUUAUUAAUGGAAAGAAAAUAUCCUUUAAACAAUGUAUGUAAUAUGUAAUGUACUGUUGAAAUGGGCAUUACAACUUUAUAUAACCAUUUUAGGGUAAAUAUAUUUUAUAAGUACCUAUUUAAUCUUACUUUUGUAGUUAAAUGUACUUUUUAAAGGUUCAAUCUGAAAGUCUGUUAUCAUAGAAAAAUAAAUUGUAUGUUGACUCAGUUGUAUACUGAAUACAUUUUCCCUUUCCUAAGCAGACGUUUGAUAGAGGCAGUUGAAACUAUAAGCAAGCUAAGACUACUACACAUUCUUAUUUCCUUUCUAUUUAUGCUUUAUCUUAUUUUAAAAAGAAAAACAAAAAUUUUCUAAACAUGUCAUUGAAGGAAAUUGUUUUUUUCUGCGAUAGUUAAGAAGUGACAGUUGGUCAAAAUAUAGUUGAAAACAAACAAAAACUUGGUUUCUGCAGGAUGUGGUAGCACACACAGUGCUCAGGAAGCUAAAACAAGAGGCUCAAUGGUUUGAAGCCAGCCAAAACUACAUAGCAAGGUCCUAUCUUUAAAGAUAAGAGAAAAAUAGAGGUGGUGGAGGAGAGAUCAGACAACACCAAGAAUAAGAAAUCGAUUCUUAGCCAUAUUUAAUGGACAAACCUGUCAUCUCAGCUUUUGGGAGAUAGAGGCAGAAGGCUCACAAGUUCAAGGCCAGCUUCAACUACAUAGCUAGCCCCAGAGUUUGGGGCCAGUCAGGACUGCAAGAAACACUGUCUCAGAAACUGAAGUGGUUUAAAAACAUUUUGAUUUCUGUAAAGUAAAGCCCAUGCAUGACUACACUGUUAAUUUUUUGUGAAAAUGUAAAUGUAAUUACCCAGACGGGAUAAAUUAUGGUUAGUAAGUUAAAGGAACCAGUGUUUUAUACUUUUGAUUUCAGUUCACUAGACUGAAAUUUUGAAGUAAAAAAAAAUUUAAUUUCUUUACAAGUUCAAUAAAUAGUACAAUGGUGUACAAACUUACAUUGUCCCUUACCUUUGUAAUGAGUAUUUUUAAAGCAUAACCACUAAUUGGGUUUUGGUGGUUUCAAACCCUGCUUGGUGGAAAGGUUCCAAACCAUUAGGACAGCAUUGCUGCUUCAUCUCUUUUAUAUAUCACGUAAAAGUGCGUGGUAAAUCUUAAUUAGUUUAAAUGAGACAGUUAAUUUCUUAAUGCAGUUUGAACCCCAUAGGUGUAGUUAGAAAUUGUGAAUGGCCUUGAAAAGCAUCUCACAAAGCGUAUGAUGUAUGUGUGUGUCCUGACUCAGCAUAGCUGUCCUAAGGCUUUGAAAUGGAGAGCAGGUAAGAAGGAUGUUUCCUCUUGUCUGUUUAAUCUCUGUUUAAGCGGAGGCCUUAGAAUUAGAUGGCUAUGGGUUUUGAGCUUUCUAACACUUACUGGUUUGUUUUUCCAAAAUGUAGUAUGUUAUCCUACUAGACCUUAUUAAAACUUACAGUCCAAGCCAAUAAGGUGGCGUACACCUUUAAUCUCAACACUAAGAACACCAAGACAGACAGAUCCCUGUGAGUUCAAGGCUAGUCUGGUCCACAUAAUAAGUUCCCAGGCAGCCAGAAAUAGACAUUGAGAUCCUGUCUUGAAAGAAAGCAAACCAACUGAAGAUAGCCUGAGCUUAAACAACUUCCCACAAGAAAAACUGAUAAGGCUGAGACCAGUCCUUCCUUGGACGAUAUGCUUUCUAGAGAUAGCAUUGAGCACCACUCUUUCUGCCUCUUGGUGUGUAUUUUAUGUUUGUGAGGAUUCCUUUGGCAUACGGAACCCUCAGUGCUCCUCCCCGGAGCCCGUCUUUCUCCCCUGAACACAUCUUUAAGGAUGAGUUUUAACAGGAGAACCUUUAAGUCACACUGUCAUGUUGCUUACUAAAGGUACAUGGCCUGUGGUGACAGUGUCACUGGCAUCAUCCUGAGCCUGUAUGAGAUGUGCUGUGCUGAUGAGAGAAGGGUGCUGGGCAGAGAAGGGAUACUAGCAGUUUCUGAUGGGUUCACGGCUUUAAACACAGUGUGCGUCAGUCUCGGUAGCAGCUUAUUUUAACUAAUUUAGGAAUAAUAGUUUGUCUUGGAUCAAAUUCUGUUUUUUGUUUGUUUGUUUGUUUUUUGUUUUUGGUGUUUGGUUUUUUUUUAAUUUGGGGAAAAAAUAGGCUUUUUAAAGGGGAUUAUUGUUUACUGGAAAGAAUCCUCACUUCCUGUUUCCUCCCACCUUGCUGUAAUGUCAGUGGUCACAAGAUUCACCAGGUACUGUGUUAUCUCAGCCUCCUGAUUUCUAUCCAUGCUCAAACCUAAAGUGUAAAAGUACACAUUCCUUUUUAAAAAUACGCAUAUGCAUCAUUUCUACGUUCAGCAGAAUCUACACAUUUGUCAAGUUUUCCACAGUUCUCAGUUCUUUUUAUCCAUUCCGUUAUGUGUCACCUCAUGUAUCAAACAGUGAACAUAAAAAGAUAUGAAGACCUGUAUUAAUUAGUUUUUGUCCAAACAGCUGUGCUCUGAAGCUGCGUCAGAGGAAAGGUCCUAAUUUCUGAGCUCAGCUUCCAUGCACUCGGCUCGGCCCUUUGUCUUAAAGUAAAGCUAGUGCUGUGAGUUUAGAACUGUGGCCCACGUUUCAAGUUAUGACACAGAACAGCCCUCUCUGGUUGUCAUUUCAUUUCCUUGUUUGCUUUUAGCACCAGUCCCAGGGUGCUGGCUCCCAUUUUCUGCCAGGCACAGAAAGGCUACAGCUGACUGCUUUAAAAAUAGCUCUGCGUAGAUUCUGCAGAGAAGCUGGAACCUAAUGGUAGUAAAAGUACUUUUUUUUGGCCAUUGUAUACAAUCUACUUAACAAGUUUACAUUUCUGUCAAGACAUUGCAGACUGAAGAUCUACAUUGCCUUAAUUUGUUACUUACUGAUACAAAUCUUUAUUUGUAGUUGUUGUUUUGGAUAGGUUUGUAUAUUCUUUUUUUUUUUUUUUUUUUUUUUUGUAUGUGUGUUGAGAUAGUACCUUGCCAUUGCCCAAGCCUGGCCUUAAACUCAGCUCAAACGACUUUCCUACCUCAGCCUGUUGAGUAACUAACACCACAGGUACACACUGUGCACACAGCUUUCAAGUAUAAAUCUUAAAGAGAUUAUUUUAAAACUGUAGAUAAGAUUUCAGGCCCUUAGUCAAGCGUGGUGCAUACCUUCUCUGAGUAGGGCCAUCUCUGGGUCCUGGUGAGUAGUGUCUAUGUCUGUGGGAAGGAAGGGCUGCUCGGGGCCUUCAUCUGGCUGAGCUCGAUUCAUCUGUUCAUAGCAUGGGACAAAAUACCAACAGAAAUGUCCAUUCUAUUUACAUGCCAACACCUAACAAAGUCUCUUAUUUUUAAAACUCCUUUAUAUGGCUUUGCCAUAGAAUCUUGUAUAUACUUUUUUUUUUUUUUCAAAAUAGAAAUGAUUUUUUUUCUCAUUAAAUUUGUCAUCUUAUUACUUGAAACGUGGGCCUUUGUUAUUGGCAGUGGCUUGCUCCCGAGGAGGCCUGUUCUGUCCACCCUGUCCCAGAACGCACUCAUUUGAGUCAGAUGCCACAGUUCUUCCUCACACUGGUCUUUGGUUUAUACCAUGCAGCACCAUACCUAGAGUCACAGCUGUCUCUAAUUGUCCCCUGAAUAUGGAAUGAGAGACUCAGGCUGUGCCCUCAUUCACUGCUGCUCUGCACUGGAGCCUGUCCCCAAUCAGAGAACUUGCCUCGUGGCCAGCAGUCUUCCUUCCUGGGUCCUGAGCAGCUUCAAGCCUUCUGCAUUAGUGCUUUCUCUUAGCCGUGGCUGUUGGGAAGAAGACCCACUGUUCUCCACAGGUUGGGUUGUUUUUUUUUUUUUUCCUGGCUGUCCUUGUCCCAGCACAGUGCCAUCAGCCAUUGUGAGCAGUGCUUAAAGUGGAAAGCUACACCAGCCUAAGAGGCUUUGUGUAAGCUGACGUUUAGGAUUUAAAGAGCCUGGACCAUCUGAGUUCUGACUCUGAAGCUCUGCUUGGUUGUAAAGUUCCAGUUGAUUCUGAGCAGUGAGGUGUGAGGCCACUGUCACCGGUAGGGUCUGCUUGGAUGCCGCCUGCUUUACUUGGAUCUGUUUUGUUGGGGACUGCUGCAAGGAGAAUUGCAUGGGAAUUUUCUUCUUUUUCUUUACAGAGACUUAUAAGCAUCGAGUUAUUCUUUGUAGUCACUCAUUAGGCAUAGUUUUUUUUUUUUAAGACCCAUGAUGCUGUUGCUAUUCCCCCCCCCCUUUUUUUUUUGGUUUUUUGAGACAGGGUUUCUCUGUAUAACUCUGGCUGUCCUGGAACUCACUUUGUAGACCUCAAACUCAGAAAUCCCCCUGCCUUUGCCUCCUGAGUGCUGGGAUUAAAGGCAUGCGCCACCACGGCCCGGCUGCUGUUGAUAUUUUAAAUGACUAUUUUAAAAAGUCGUUCAGUGUGGAAAGUUGAGGAGAGGAAGCCUAGGUAAGUUCCUUUAAAGCAUGCUUGGCUCACCUCGGUUAGUCCUGAUCAAUCUCAGUCGGAUGCUAAUGUAAAUGUCGUGUGGCAAAACAACUUUUAAUGCAGUCUGACUUUCCCUCUAACACGGGCAAGGAAGAAGACACCAGCAUUUGCCUCUGCAGCACAGAGGCAGCCCCCAGGAUACCCACGUAGCUCAUUGCUUGGUUUGCUCGCCCAUUUUACUUUUGCCUUAUUAAAAAUAAAAUGGUGAAGAUCCAUUCAAGUGAAUAUAAUAGAAUUAUCUCAAAAGCCAUUUAUCUUAAUAGUCUUACAAAUAAAGUCAUUUCUUAGAAGCUAUUCCAUUGAUUUCCUCUUAUUUUGCUACCCCUAAACACUAUUUGAAAAGAAGUAAUGAGUUUCAAAAACCACAGCGUGUCUGUUAAAUGGCAAAUUUAUUAUUCUUGGUAAAUGUGUAUUUAACAAACACUAGGAAAGGAUAUCUCGUGUGUAUGUGAGAGAGAAAGAGAGAGUGCUUCACAACACUUUAAAUAAUGCCAGCCAUAUUUUCAGAUAAGAAACCCAGUGGAGGUGUGACUCACGCCUUAUUUUCCAGCCUGUGCAGAUAGAGCUGAGAUGCAGACUCCAGGCUGUGGUUUCAGUCCCUCCAAGGCUCAGGCUCAUUGUGCUACUCCACUGUGUAUUUACUUAAACCAGAUGUUUAAGCGGGGAAAUAGUAGACACCCCACUAGUGGAGGGGUGGAAUCCCUUUUACAAUGCUUCACUGACUAUGGCGGACCAGAACGUUUCUGUGCCAAAGCCCCACUUCAUUCCUUUCUGUUCUGUUCCACAUUCUGCCAGAGUCAGAACCAGCCGUUUGGUCCCAGGUCCUGCGACCCAUUGCUAUCUAAAGAGUAUGGUUCCCUAAUGAGAACACUGCAGAGAAUCACUGUUGGGAAAUCAAACAAGACUUUGUAGACCACCACAGGGGCUUGGUAGAUCUGCCUGCCUAUGGAGAAAGAAGCCAGUAGACAGGAAGAAGCUUCAUUCUCAUGGUUGGGGAGGAGCCUAAGUGGUGGAGAUCUAGUGUAUUGCCUGUUUAUACAGUGAUAAAGUCAAGUAUUUUCAUGGGUAGAGAGCGAGGGUGGAGGAAGGGAGGGGCUGCGAUCGGUGCAAAAAUGGAAAUACCUUUAAUCUCCCAAAAGCUUUGACCACUGGCAAACAAUUGAAAUAUCAGCAAAGACUACUGCUCUUAAUGGUCACACCCUCUUGUUUAAAUGGCGUCCCCCUCCCAAGCAUUAAAUUGCGCUGAACUAUCACAGUUUUACUUAGUUCUAGUAGUUAUAAUCAUUAGCAUUCUCCUUCAGGAGAAAAUCUAAAUGCUGGAAAUCUAAUUCAGAGAUAACAAGCCAACUUUAUGUGCAAACUUUAUAUUUAAACUGUUUCUAGCAGUGUUACAGUGAUUGUCCAAACUGGAUUAGACUUUUGCGUUGAAAUCAAAGUAUGGGUAAGUCUAGCACAUGUAAUAAAACCUUGCUGUUUCUUGUGGCUACAUUUUUUUUUUUAACUUGUCUGUCUCUUAGCCUACCAUGUAGAGGUCAUUUCUUGAGUUAAGAUGGGAUGGCCUAAAAGAUUCAGUGUGUAGUUACUGAAGAAGUAAGUCCCGGCGCCUCAGAGCAGUCUGUCUCACAGCCCCGCUUCCAUUUGGAAACCUGCCAUUCUGGAAGGAAGCACUUGGUGUUCUUGGAAUGUUCAUGUUGGAAUGAUUUUUGUUGUUGUUGUUGUUGUUGACUUUUUAGUUCAGUCUUAGUUCUUUUGUGUUUGUAUCUAUCUAUGUACAUCUGUGUGUGUGGUGGCCAUGGAUUGAAUAGAUGACUUCUUAUUUUAUGUUUUAGGCCAAGAUUGACAGACACCUAAAUGUUCAUGACUUGAGACUAUUCUGCAGCUAUAAAAUUUGAACCUUUGAUGUGCAAAGCAAGACCUGAAGCCCACUCCGGAAACUAAAGUGAGGCUUGCUAACCCUGUAGAUUGCCUCACAAGUUGUCUGUUUACAAAGUAAGCUUUCCAUCCAGGGGAUGAAGAACGCCACCAGCAGAAGACUUGCAAACCCUUUAAUUUGAUGUAUUGUUUUUUAACAUGUGUAUGAAAUGUAGAAAGAUGUAAAGGAAAUAAAUUAGGAGCGACUACUUUGUAUUGUACUGCCAUUCCUAAUGUAUUUUUAUACUUUUUGGCAGCAUUAAAUAUUUUUAUUAAAUAGACUAUGUUGGUU